UUGAGUCUUGGUUGUAUUGUACACUUGUCUCGGCGACGGAACGGAAGAUGAAAAGGGUCGCCGCCGCGACGUGCGCGGUGCGCAGAGUCCUAUUCUCCUCGUGCGAUAAGUAGCGAGUCGAGACGCUGCCGACGCACACACGCGUGCACUACGUGCGUGCGUGCGUGCGUAAUUUCGUCGUGGCGGUGAUACGUCGUUGCUAAACCAGCUGAGUAGUGGAAGUGGACUGGUGGAGUAGUCUUCGUGCUCGUGUAUGUUGUUUGACGCGCAAUUUGAUAGUGUUUCUAUUAUAGGAACACUAUUUGACAGCUUAUCGCGCCAACUAUUUGCGCCCGCAAUUUGCGAGCCUCCUUAAUGAUAAAUGUAAUAACGUGAUAAUUACGAUAUGAAAGACAUCUGUGAAGAUAAUCAGCUUUAGAGAUCACUUCUCUUGGAGUACUGUGUUAUGUAUAUAUGUCAUGAUUUAUUAAUAGUAAAACAAAAUGGAUAUCACCUUAGAUGAUAAAUUAUCUGCAUUUCAACAAAUUAAUCAGCAGAAGCUUGUGAAGAUAUUAGAUACCAUCCCAGGAUCGAAGGAUUUGAUAAUAGAACAGAAACUGAUGAAAAUAUUGGACAGUUUCGUGGGAGUGACAGUAUUGAAACGAUAUGGAGUGGACAAGAUUUAUAAGUUAGAGGAAGGACUGAAGACAUCAAACAGUCAACGUAUAUUUUUAGUAUCUAACAACUUGAUUGCGUGUAAAAGGGUGUUAGAUCAAAUACAAUCUGAAAUAUCCCAAACUGGCAAACCACACGUCGAAGUGUGCCAUCAUUUGUUGGUCGUGCCGUUUGUUCCACCUGUUUUAUACAAUCUAGUCGAAGAGGAAGGCUUGUUCGAGCUGCUUACGUUGCAGACGUUUUCCGUAGAAUUUAUAAAAUUAGACGGAAACGUUUUAUCCUUGGAAAAUCCAAUGUUCGUCGAUCUCUACUAUCAUAAAGACACCAGUUCUCUGCGAGCAUUAGCGCGCAGUCUGUGGUCGUUGCAGUUGAUACUCGGCUCGCCGAGGCUCUCACUUUUUCUUGGCAAACACAGCCAACAAAUGACCAAGUUGAUGGAAAUUAUGGAGCAGAGUCUGGGCUCAUCUAGUCUAGAAAACGAGGUCGGCGCUUUCAUCGUGAUGGACAGAAGUUUUGAUUUGGCUACAACUCUUCUAACGCCCGUAACGUACGCGGGUUUAUUGAAUGAAAUUGUGGACGUGAAUGUCGGCAUGGCGACAUUGGAAAAAUCACAAACCAGAUUAGAUCCGAAUAAAGAUCAAAUUUACGGAGAAGUGAGAGAUACACCUUGCAGUGACGCUUUCCCGAUUUUACAUAGGAAGGCCAAGUCACUCAAAUCUGAACAGGAAGCGAUACAGACGAUGAAGUUGGCCGAAAUGGAGAAAUAUGUGUCAACGAGAUUGCAAAUGACCAGAGACAUGACCCGGCAAUUGGCAUUUCAUAUAUCUGCGUGUCAGGCUAUCGCGGACACGUUAGGCUCCGAGUUUCAGGUCUUGCAAAAGAUGGAGAAACAGAUGCUCGAUUGCAAGGACCGAAAGGAAUGCUUGAGCUACAUUGAGAGAAAUAUAGAUGAGCAUGAGUUUCGAUGUUUACGUCUUCUCUGCCUAUUGUCUAUCACUACUGACGGUAUCACGCAAAACGAGCUUCAAGAUAUCCAAAAAAUGCAUCUUCAUACCCAUGGUUAUCAGCAUAUCCCGCUGUUUUACAAGCUGCACACAACUGGCUUGUUGAAGUACAGGAACGAAUUUAUUUUACAUAAACUGCCGAACUGGAACAGCGAGUGGAAUAGCAAUGCGCAAAAAUUGAAGAUGUUACCUGGUUCUUCAAAACGAUCCGAUCAGAACGGUCGUACCUGUCCUAGCUAUGUGUUCAAUAACGUUUACAUACCCGCAAUAGCACAAAUAUUAAACAUUGUAUUGAAUCAGGAGAAGGAUCCUCGCAGCUUCGAGGAUCUGACAAAUCUACCAAAUUGCAUUGUAAAUGGUCAUCGAGGCACAUUAUCGCCAAAAAUGGUCGUGAUCUGCAUAAUAGGAGGCAUUACUUGCGCAGAAAUAGCGGCUUGCCGGCUCAUAGAAAAGUCUACAGGGAUACGCCUCGUUCUUACAUCCGACACUAUUCUAACGGGUAACAAACUCAUCCAGCGGAUACAAAAGAUAUGAAGACUCGUGGUAUCUGUCAGGAAUGUAAAUGUUUUUUUUCGCGUAAUAAAUAAAUCAAAAUUAUACAUAUUUGUUUUAUAUAAAUUAUAUAUAAUACUUUUUUGUGACAAUUGUGAGAAAAAAAUUGUUUGAAUAAUUCUGCAAUAUAUUAACGGAAUAUAAUUGUUUAUAUAUAAUGUCAUCGAUAUUUAUGUAUUGAUAAAACGUUACAAUGAUGUUUGAUACCUCAAGUUUUAUUUCACACCAUUUUGAUAUCGAUAUUAUCAUAUA